AUGGCUAAGGAGUCGCAGGUCGGAGGGGUGAAAGGCAGGAGCGGGAUAUCCAGGUAUCCCCAUCUGGAGGAGUAUGCACAGGAUAGCGAUGGCUUGAAAGAGGAAAUGAACGAGCGAAUGAGUUCGAGGAACACUCAACCGGGAUGGGAAGAUGAUCAUUGCCAGACGGAACGUGCCAACGGCCUAGAAAAUUGGAAGCCCCGUAGGGAAACCAAAAGAGGCAUAGAAGGAACAAAGUGGAACAGCCUCGCGACGAACGAGUCUCUUGAAGUCUGCCUGGACAGAUCCAAGAAAAACAAGCUCGAUUCCGGCGAGUGGACGGUUCAAAAUUGCCACGACUACAACCUGUGCGUGAUAGGAACCGUUGGGUUCUAG